UCUUUCGUCCCGCGGUCUUUCCAUGCUUCUCUGUCAUUUACUCUACUUCGUUCCUCUCGCAUAUGUCGCAUUUUUUCCCUUCACUAAAGUAGAAGAAAGUUUUAAUAUACAAGCAACGCAUGACAUAUUAAUACAUAAAUCUAAUAUUUCGCAGUAUGAUCAUAUUGAAUUCCCCGGUGUAGUUCCUCGUACGUUCUUGGGCCCUCUUUUACUCGCCUUUUUGGCUUCGCCUGCAUAUGUCUUGAAAAAUGUAUUUGGGAUGUCCAAAUACUCCCUUCAAAUUUCCGUUAGAUGCGUUCUCUGUCUUCUUGUCGCAAAUUCGUUUAACAAAUUCAUCCAUGCAACUGGCUCUUUGCUUGGUCCCAGCCUUUCUAAACGUCUCAUUUUCAUAUCUCUCACACAGUUUCAUUUUGUGUUCUAUUCUUCAAGGACUUUGCCUAACAUCUUUGCGCUGAUC